CAACUAUGCAGUGGACUCGCCGUGCAACCAUGGCAAUCAAUCCCGGACUCAAAGAACUCUCAUAAUUUUCCACAAUUGAGAGCAGGGAGAGAAUUUCUCCCUAAAUCGAGACCUUGAAGAAUUUUGCGUGUUCCUCAGUACUCAUACCAGAGGUUGGAACUUGGAAGGCUUCUGAAUUUUGCAGGCGCUUGAUAAAGCAGAAGGUUCGCUCAGCAGAAAGAGAUGGCCAUCCUUUAUGCGGUGGUGGCAAGAGGUACGGUGAUAUUGGCCGAGUUCAGUGCGGUGACUGGCAAUACCGGCGCUGUCGCGCGGCGGAUCCUCGAGAAGCUGCCGAAUGAAGCAGAUUCUAGGCUCUGCUUCUCUCAGGAACGCUACAUCUUUCACAUUCUGAGAUCUGAUGGCUUCACCUUCCUCUGUAUGGCCAACGACGCAUUUGGCAGGAGAGUUCCUUUUUCUUACUUGGAGGAUAUCCAUAUGAGGUUCAUGAAAAAUUAUGGUCGAGUGGCCCACUAUGCCCCUGCAUAUGCGAUGAAUGAUGAAUUUUCAAGAGUGUUACAUCAACAAAUGGAAUUUUUUUCUAGCAAUCCUAGUGCUGAUACCCUCAACCGUGUUAGAGGUGAAGUAAAUGAGAUACGAACUGUUAUGGUGGACAAUAUUGAAAAAAUACUGGAGAGAGGUGAUYGUAUUGAACUUCUCGUUGAUAAAACUUCAACAAUGCAAGACGGUGCAUUUCAUUUCAAGAAACAGUCCAAGCGACUUCGUCGAGCUCUUUGGAUGAAAAAUGCCAAACUUUUAGCCCUGUUGACAUGCUUGAUCGUAGUGUUGCUGUAUGCAAUAGUUGCCGCUUUCUGUGGGGGAAUUACUCUAUCUUCCUGCAGAUCUUAAAUUCCACCACAGGUCUGAUUACGAUGAUGGAUWUUAAGCUGYUUCGGGGACUUUCAAAAUGGAGGAUGGAUUAAGCGGCUUUGCACUACAGAUUACAGAAUCGUAACAUAUAAUAAUUUCAUGUUCAUAAAGCUGUAAACUUGUAGAUUUGCCCCUCCUGUAAAUUCCUCUCUUUGGUUGCAGUUUGUGCGUAGCAGCUAGCUGCUGCUAAUUGCUCAUGGAAAGCUUGUUGAGUUAUACUUUCGUAUCCAACUAGUUUCAUUUCGUUUUGUAAAUUGCCUGAUAUUUAGUGUUGUGCUAUGUUAUUAUUUGAAGUAUUCUUAUAUUUCAAAGGACAUUGCCACCAUUCCUGCCUCCCAGUUUCAAUAGAUUCUAAAUUUCUCA